AUGACCGCGGAGCUCCAAAGGCUCCACGCGGACAUGGAAGUGCGUCCUAUGAUACAAUGCUUAAGAGACCUUUACCAGGGUCAGCCCCAAAACUCAGGAAUUUACGUUAUCGAAGUCAAUAUGUCUGAUAUCACCUCUUGGGUGAUGGAUACUGGAUGUGGUUCUCACAUCUGUACUUCUAUGCAGAACUUGCAUGAAUGUAGACAAUUGACGGAGGGAGAGAUACAACUAAAAGUUGGCAAUGGUGCACUCGUCUAUGCAUUGGCCGUCGGAACCUAUAGUUUAUCUCUACCUAGUGGUCUAAUAUUGCAUUUGAAUAAUUGUCUGUUUGUACCUAGUAUGAGCAGAAACAUCAUUUCUGUAUCCUGCCUUGACAAAGCAGGAUUUUCAUUCGUUGUAAAAGACAAAAUUCUUUCUGUCUUUAGAAAUGAUAUAUUUUAUGCAAGUGCAAAAAUGACCAACUGUCUCUAUUUCCUUGACAUGGAUACCGCAUUAUAUAACUUGGAGCCUAAAUCUGAUAAAGUAAUUUUUGUGGGAUACCCCAAGGAAACUAGAGGGUAUGAGUUCUAUCAUCCAUCCGAUAACAAAAUUUUCGUUGCUCGGAACGGAACCUUCCUUGAGAAGGAGUUUCUUUCUGCUAUCACUAGUGGGAGAAAGGUAGACCUCGAAGAAAUUCGAGAACCACAAGAGGAAAUCCCGAUAGUGUUGGAACCUGAGCAAAGAGAUCAAGCAAUUGAACCUCAAACUGCUCAAGAUAUACCACGUAGGUCAGACCGGAUACGUAAUCCUCCGGUCAGAUAUGGAUUUCUCAUGUCUGAUGAAGGUGACGUCUUACUGCUGUCCAUACAAUCGCGUAAGCUCGGAGAUCAAUUUCACCUGUGUGUUCAAAUCUAUCCAAUGACGUCGCCUAAUCAUCUCGAUGAUGAGGAUGACUUUGGCGGCGAUUUCUCCGGAACACGGCGUCCAGGGUCUAAGAGAAGCUUUGGAGAGCUCGAUGAUGAAAAAGAGGAUAUUUUUGGCUCCAAGAAGGGUAACAUAAGAUCGGAAGAAACUGCUCCAGGUGCUGCAACCGGGACAAUAUUGUCCCUUCGCGAGAGUCUCAAGAACUGUGAAGAAACACUUGCAACUUGUCAGUCGGAACUUGAAGCUGCAAAGUCUGAAUUACAAAAGUGGCAUUCUUCCUUUCUGAGGGAACCUUUCAUAGCUUCUGGGUCCACCCCUGAACCUAGAAUUGUGGUCAACUAUGUGCAUAACCUAAGGUCAUCUGAAGAGUUAUUACAGGAACAGCUGGAGAAAGCCAAGAAAAAAGAAGCUGCUUUUAUAGUCAAUAUUGCAAAGCGAGAUCAAGAGAUAUCAGAGUUGAAGUCUUCCCUUCGUGACCUCAGGGCUCAACUUAAACCACCAUCCAUGCAGGCAAGGAAGUUAUUGUUAGACCCAGCAAUUCAUGAAGAGUUCACACGAUUAAAGAAUUUGGUAGAUGAGAAGGAUAAAAAGGUCAAGGAGUUGCAAGACAAUAUUGCUGCGGUAAAUUUUACCCCGCAAAGCAAGAAUGGGAAGUUGUUAAUGGCUAAGUGCAGGACUCUACAAGAGGAGAAUGAGGAGAUCGGUAAUCAAGCUAAUGAAGGAAAGAUGCAUGACAUGGCAAUGAAACUAGCAUUGCAAAAGUCACAGAACGCAGAACUUAGAAGUCAUUUGGAAGGGUUGUGCAAGCAAAUAGAGGGACUGACUAAUGAUGUUGAAAUAUCUAAUGAAAUGGUAUUUAUAUUGCAAGAGAAGCUGGAAGAAAAGGAUGCGGAUAUCAGAAGGUUGAGAAAAGAGAUGGAGAAGGAGAAAGAACCACAUGACAUUGUCAAGGAGGAGGAAAAACGCUCCUCGGAUGAUAUUAUGAUUGCCGCCACCAUUGAAGAAGUGCCAAGUUAACUAUGGGCUUGGGUACUAAAGUUAACAAAAUUCCUUGGUGUGUUCUAUUGUGUUACAAAGCUUCUUCAACGACUCAUAAAUCUUUAUUCAAGAUAUUCAAACUGUUUUGGCCUUUUGUAUUAGAACCUUAAAAGCUAACAUUUUAUCAUGUGUUUGCUUUUCCAAUUGUUUUCAAAGUCCAUAUUUCCGUUUGGUACACAGAAUUCAAGCAUGAAAUUGGAACUGAAGACUUCAUUUCUAAUUUUGUUGUUUGAAAGCACAAAAAUAUAUGGAAUUGGAAUUU